ACCAGCUGCAGAUCGAUCAAAGUUAAACAAGCUACAAGGACAGGCAUAGCUAGCGAAAAUGGCUUUGGGCAGCAAUGCUAUGAGGGUGUUCUUCCUCCUUGCGAUGGUGGUGUGCGCCGCGCAAGCGGCGGGGAAGGCAGCCCCAAAGGAGAAAGAGAAGGGGAAGGACGACAAGUCCGGCGGUGCCCCCGCCGAGGCGCCCUCAGGCUCCGCCGGGGGCAGCGACAUAUCCAAGCUCGGAGCUAAGGGCGACGGCAAGACGGACAGCACCAAAGCGCUGAAUGAAGCGUGGGCGGCGGCGUGCGGCAAGGAAGGGCCGCAGACGCUCAUGAUCCCCAAGGGCGACUACCUGACAGGGCCCCUCAACUUCAGCGGGCCGUGCAAGGGCUCCGUCACCAUCCAGCUCGACGGCAACCUUCUCGGCACCACGGACCUGAGCGCGUACAAGACCAACUGGAUCGAGAUCGAGCACGUCGACAACCUUGUCAUCAGCGGCAAAGGCACCCUCGACGGCCAGGGCAAACAAGUAUGGGACAACAACAAAUGUGCUCAGAAAUACGACUGCAAGAUCCUGCCCAACACGUUGGUGCUCGACUUCUGCAACAACGCCACCGUCUCCGGGAUCACCCUGCUGAACUCCAAGUUCUUCCACAUGAACGUGUUCCAGUGCAAAGGCGUGACGAUCAAGGACGUGACCGUCACCGCGCCCGGGGACAGCCCCAACACCGACGGCAUCCACAUUGGUGACUCCUCCAAGGUCACCAUCACCGGCACCACCAUCGGCGUGGGUGACGACUGCAUCUCCAUCGGCCCUGGCAGCACCGGGAUCAACGUCACCGGCGUCACCUGCGGGCCCGGCCACGGCAUCAGCGUCGGCAGCCUGGGCAGGUACAAGGAUGAGAAGGAUGUGACGGACAUCAACGUCAAGGACUGCACGCUCAAGAAGACCAGCAAUGGCGUCCGGAUCAAGUCCUACGAGGACGCCGCGUGCGUGAUCACUGCCUCCAAGCUCCACUACGAGAACAUAGCCAUGGACGACGUGGCCAACCCCAUCAUCAUCGACAUGAAGUACUGCCCCAACAAGAUCUGCACUGCCAAGGGUGACUCCAAGGUCACCGUCAAGGACGUCACGUUCAAGAACAUCACCGGCACCUCAUCCACCCCGGAGGCCGUCAGCCUGCUCUGCUCCGACAAAAUCCCCUGCAGCGGCGUCACCAUGGAUAACAUCAAGGUCGAGUACAAGGGCACCAACAACAAGACCAUGGCCGUAUGUCAAAACGCCAAGGGAAGCGCCACAGGCUGCCUCAAGGAACUGGCCUGCUUCUGAGCGAUCCGUUCACAUCCACUCGCCGCACAGCCAUGUCUUCGAUCUUCUCGCUCCGAACAACCAUCGUCGUCUAUCUUCACCAGCUAUCACUAAUUUUGGUCUUCUAUCUACGCAACAAACAUAAGGGUUGAUCGGUGCAUCAGAUCGUCAUCCUUCAAUACCUUUCUUUAUUUAGGGGUCAUACAAAUAUUACCCGGCUAUUGUAAUGUAAUCCUCCCAUAUGCGCGGCACCUUCCGUGGACGCAGGCAGGCAUACGGGUUAGUGCCGAUGCCCAUGAGGAGGCCGGCUGAAAAUUUUAUGUUCUUUUCACGUUUCCUACGGAUUUUGUGAGGCUUCCAUGCAUGCAUGGCCAAGAGAUGUGUUUAAGAGCAUCUCUAAGAGUAUUUACUCUGUAACAAAUCAUCAUUUGGAAAAUUAUUUGUGUUUUCAAUAUCUUUAUACCCUGCAACAAUUAUUAUAUACA